AUGGAAGACGAUGCUUCAACAUCAGGAGUUUCGCGAAGAAGGUUAGCCUUCCGCCCGCCGAUUCCACCACCACAGAAAACCAAUCCACAAGUGCUUACAAAUGAAGAAUCACAAGCUGCUAUGGUAUUGGCUACUAUGGAUACAACUAUUUUGGAAAAUGCGGCAGGGCCGAGCACAUCUGGAUUGACAAAUAAUGGUCAGUUUUUGAAGUUUUUGCCUGGAAUUUUGUAAGACCUGUUUUUCCAGAAAAUGACAACGAAUUGGCUCGAAAAAAAGGAGGAAAAACUUGGACGCAUGAUGAUAUUAUGGCAUAUUAUGAAGCUUUGAAAUUAGUGAGUUCUAUUCUUCACUUCCCUUCUCCAUCUCACAAAUCCUCUCUGUUUUCAGUAUGGAAAAGAUUUUGAUAGUGUUGCACGAGGAUUGUCGAAACGAAAAGUGAUGAAAGACAAAGAUCAAAUCAAAAACUAUUUUUAUAAUUCGCUCAAAAUAAUCAAGCAAUUAUUAUCGAUUGAGGAAGAGGAUUUGGGAGGAGAAGCGGUGCCAAAAGACGCCAAAGAAUUGUUUUUGGCGUUGAAUGCGUGUGAAUGGAAGAAGAGGACGAAUCAUGGGAAAUUUGUUAGUGAGAGAUUGAAGGAAUUGCUCUUUGAAGGGUAUGUUUGGACUUUGAAGGAUUUGAUUCGAAGGGGAAAUAUUCAAGUGUCUUUCAUACCAUUAUGGGGAUAGAAAGUUCAAAAAUUGAUGCAUUUGUUACUCAAAAAAAACAACAUUUGGCUAUUUUUGACCUCUUUUUUGUUCAAAAUUUUAUCAGAAAUUGGCCAAAAAUCACAAUUUUAAGCUCCCAAGACAGAAGUACACGUUUUUUAUCCCCAAAAGGGGGAAAAUAGACUAGAGACAAUGUGAGUGAGUCCUCAAAUCUAGUUAAAUUUUCAGCUCAACAACUGUGAGGAUGAAUAAAAAAUCAGUGCAAAUCAAAACUCCGCCAUGUCCAAGUUUAAUCAAAUGGUUCACUAGUGAGUCCUUCUUUCCUUUUUUGUUCCCUGUUCAAUAAAUAGCUCAAAAUUAUUUAUUCAGAAAACCGACGCGUUGAAAAAUUCCCAUCGGAUGUGAUAUUUUGCCUCAAACCGGUGUCAAAUAGUGUUUCUUCAUUCAUUCGUUCCACUUUUCAAAAUCCACUUUUGAAAGUAAGAAUGAGUACGAAUGAAAGGUUGGCAAAGUUGAUCGAAUUGUUGACGAAGAAAUGGGCGAAUGGAGAUGUUAGUGAAAUUAUUGAUAAUUUUUUUUUCCAAAACUCCAUUUUUUCAGAGUUCUAAAAAUAUUCGAAUUUGGCCGAGUUUCAAAACCGAAGUUGGUCGAUUACAAGUUGUUGAAACUGAAAUUUCCCCAUUUGUUGCAUUAUCUUUGAAUAAAUUACGAAAAGAAACCGAAGAACUUCAAAUUGAUACAAAAGACGCGCAACCAAAUUUGAAUGGUGGAAUUUCGAAAGAUGGAAUGCGUAAGUUCAGAAUUUUGUUUUUUUUAUUUAAAAUUAUUAAAGUUUUUUUUUAGAAAUUCAACCAAAAUACAAUGUGCUGUAUCCGAAGCCUUUUAGUUUAACUGAUGAAAUUAUGAAAAAAGGGAUUUCGGAGAAAAAUGUUGGGAAUAUUAUAGUGGCUGAAUUGUACUGCACAGUGAGUUAUUAUUUUGGACCUGAAAUUAAUUUUUUAAAACUUUAUUGAUAAAAUUUCGGAAAAAUUUAAUAAGUCAAUUUCUGACCAAUUUUUUUUGAUUACAAAAUUUUUUGUCAAGUUUGCACCGAUUUUUCACUCUUUUCCCACCACCAGCAAACUAUUCAACUUCUCUCUUUAAAUUCCAAAAACCUUUUUUUCUAGUGUGGAAUGACGGAUAUAAUUGAACUACAAUACGAAAUGAAUAUUGAACCUCGACUAGAACCAUGGGAAGCAAUGAUUGAUAUGUUAUCUCGAGAUUAUGGUGAUUCGAUAUGCGCUCCUCUUCCUGUCCCCACUUCAAUUCUUCAAACAAAAAGUUCUGAAGAUCCAUCUGUUGCACAAAAUGAAGAAGAGCCGAUUGCGAAAAAACCAAAAAUUAAUAAUCAUCAAAAUACAGCACCUCCUGAUAUUGUACAAGCUGAAAAUGAUGCAUUUAAAAAUCAACUAUUGGGAUUGAGGAAAUCUAAAGUGAAUGGGAAGGUAAAUAAGGUUUUACAAAUAGUGUCUCAACCAAAAAAAGUUGAUUUUUUGUAGAAAGCGAUUCGAUCUUCACCUGCGGUUAAUAAUUCAUCGUUAUCGAUUAAUAAUCGAACUCCACAAGCAAUGUUAUGUUCGACACCAAUUCCACCACCGAUUGUUGAAUCACCGAUAGUUUGUCAAUUAAUUCCGAAAAGUAUACGAGAAUCGCCGAAGAAAACGAGGAUCAAUAGUCCGAAAACUGAUUUUAGUGAUGUGAGUUUUAUUGAGUUUUUUUGAAUUGAAAAAAAUCACCAAAAAUUGACCAAAUCGCCAAAAAUUGAUAAUUUUUUCUCGAAUUCCAGAAUUCUUUUUUUGUUGGAAAAAUAACCAAAAAAUGAUUGAAAAUUGACAAAAAAAGACCAAAAACAUUCAAAAUUCCAAAAAACAUGGGGAAAAAGUGCUCGAAGGUCUAAUUUUUUGAUUUUUCCAGUUCAACCCAUCGCCAAUAAAAUGCGAUUCUCGCCAGCGAAAAUUGAAUGAGCAAUUCUUGGACUCUCUCAAAACUCCAACAAAAACACCCAAGAAAACGGCAGCAUCAAUUAUCGAUUCAUUAUUUGGCGAUAUUUCAAUGUCACCUUCAACAACCAGAAAAUCAUUGAAUCCACAAUUAGAUGAUGAUUUGUGAGUUGGAAAUUCAAAAAAGAAACCCCAGUUUUCCCUCGAAGAAAAAUAUUUUUUCAGAUCUCGUUGCGAAUUAACUGACAUUUUAUUUGGCGAAAUUUCAUCGACCCCAACGAAAUAUUUAUCAUCAACAUCAAAUCAAAAUGCCGCUGCUUCAACCACAAAUCCGCAACCAACAACAUCCUUAGGUUUCACUGAUUCGGAAGUUCAACAAAGUUUUCAUGAUAUGAUAACUUCUUCACAAGAUAGUCGCGAUUUUGUGUUGCAACAAUUUAUUGGGCAGAAAAAUGACAAUAAAAAUUGCAAAAAACGAUUGUGA